UUGCCGUCAAUAAACUGUCACGAAAAACGAGCUCAUGUGAGCUUCAAAGUCGACAGUUCGAAUCCCACCAAGUUCAACAGUUUACCGCGCAGAAAGUCAUCGUCUUACGGAGAAGAGAGUUUUCAACGGAACAUACCUGCUCGUCGAUCCGCUGGCCAAGCUGAACGUUGUGUGGAAUACUUCGUCCCUCGUAGCUUAAGUGAGUUUAAUUUAAGCGGCGCUGGCAUGAAGUCUAGCGAAUUAGUCGCUGUAGGAGUGACCCCGCUGGGAGACAGAACACGCACCCGUCGUGAUAAGAUGGUCACUUUUGAGGACGAGGGCGUUGCUUUACCUGAAAACCGACCCCUUGCUGAUGAUGUCUUUAUGUAA